AAACGGUAGUCUCUCUACCUUAAGUAAGGUAAGGUGAAUAUUAGGGUGCGUAUACUACGGCGAACGAACGGCGAACACGAAUGUUCGGACGUUCGUAUUCGUAUUCGAAUCCCGUCCACACUACGCACGAACUUUCGACUCGGACCGAAGGCGAAUCGAACACUACCGAUAGUUCAGUUCGCAUUCGCUGUGGUGUACAUAUCUGUCUAAUUCGCUGUUCGUUCGCCGUUCGUUCGCCGUUUGUUCGCCGUAGUGUAUACGCACCUUUAGAGUCGACCACACAUUUGCGCGUGCUCGGUCAUGGGUGAAACACGUGUUUGUGCUAAAGUAUACGUUUACGCGACGUUCGCCAUCAUCGCCGUGGUUUUGAUAAAUCGUGUAACGAGCUGCGCGGGUCCGCUGAAGUAUUACGAGGAUCUCGGGUGCACUCCGGUGUACAGAAAGGGCGAGGAGAACCCAUGCGCGAUAAGAUAUAACUGUAACCAUAUGUAUAGGAGAUUUCCGCACAAAUGCUACAUCAAUGGUCGCGAGCACGGGAUAGACGAAUUUCUUAAACCGAUAGAUGCAAAUGUUUGCGACAACAUGUGUACUUGCAAAUAUCCGCGCGAAUAUCCUACUGAAAUCGCUGCAUUUGAAUGUAUUGAUAUUAAAUCCCUAUGUCCGAAGAAACGUGUAAUACGUGGCUGUUAUUUAAUACACGACCCGUCAAAAUGUUGCGGAGAUCCCAAGGAAAUUUGUCCCGAAACUCCGGAAGACAGAGGUAUUUGUAUCGUAGAUGGUCAAGAAUAUGAAUAUGGUGAUUAUUUCCGCGUGAAAGCAGAUCCUAGACUGACUUGCGUCUGCAAACCAGGAUAUGAAGGUAAAAAUGUUCCGCCCUUUUGUCACAGAGCUAAUCAUUCAGUCUGCGAUCAUCCUGCAUUCAGUCACGAGCCUUAUUUUUAUCGAAAAUGUGCUCCUGUUUUUACGAGUGAGCAAAUAAAUCCGGACAGAUGUUUUGUGCGUGUGAAAUGCCAGAAGGCUUUCGAUAAGGUUGUCCGUAUCAAUUUCAAUCCAUUGGACGAAGAGUGGUAUGAUGAGAGAAAUGUAUGCCAGUUUGGUAAUCUAAGAAUGCAAAUUGGCGACUCGCUGGAGCAACUUGAUUCCGACUGCGUUAAGUGCACUUGCGAAGUACCGCCCGUUCCGACGUGUAAAAUGUGGUCGGACAGUAGACAUUGUUAUAGCAAAAAUAAUUUUCCACAAGAAUGAAUAUAUUCCUCCUCUAGAGGAGGAAUAUAAAUAGUAUAUAAGAGUUUGUGCACAAACAUUCGUUCGAUGUUUCUGAACUCUAAGAUAUUAUUAUAUAAUUACUUUUGUCACCCAAAACUUUGUUAUGCGUUCUUACUUGAAUAUUUGUAUAUAUAAGAACAUAUAUUAUAGUAAUAAUUGACUUUAUAGAUAGAAGUUUAGACAGAAAACUUGUUGAUUAUUAAUAUUCAUUAUACCAUUAACGUCAACCAUACGGGAAAGUUUCUUUAUCGAAUCAAGCUAUACAGCAACGUAACAUAUUACUAAGAUCUUUUGUAUCGCCGAAAAUGCAAUUGUACGCCACGUGAAAUUAAUAAUCUUGUCGUCUCGCGAUAAAUAAAUUUAUAAUAAUUAUUAUCAACAAAUUUUCUAUGAGGUAAAUUAAAAUAAGGUUACCGUAUACGACGUCAGAACAUUUGCUAGUUUUCUAGUACUUUUGUUUUGUAGUAAGAUGAAAUAAUAAUUGAUUUUCAGAGAAAGCAUUCUCACAAUGCAGUUUAUUUUAAAUCAUUACGACUCUUCUCAGCAA